AUGUCGCCUGGAACGGGAGCAGAAAAUUUUUCGCCAGAGGAACUAAAGAAAUGUCUAAAUGAAAUUUCGGAGACGUCGACCACAAACUUAGAACUGUCAGGGAUUAAUUUGUCAGCUUUUCCACCUGAUAUAUUUUCAGGGUUGGCAAAUAGUUUGGUCCAGCGACUUAAUCUAUAUGGAACUAACGUCAAUAUAUACAACCAGGAGAUAUUCUCAAUCAUCCCGAGACUCCGCCAUCUUGAACUGGUCUUCUGUAACCUCAACGAAACUCAUUUAUGGCAUUCGGACACCCUCGAAAACCUCAGUUUGAUGAAUAACCGACUUACAUCGUUUCCCAGAUUUUGUGUGGACGAUAAACCCGUGUUCCUUAAUUUAACAUUUCUUGACUUCAGUUUUAAUUUCCUGACUACUUUAAAACCAUCGGACAUUAAUUGCUUGAAACGACUGACAUCUCUCAAUAUAGACAGGAAUCCACUGUUUGUAAUAAAGAAUAAUACCUUUGUAGACCUACCAACGUUAAAAACCCUUUCUUUAUCUGGAAUUCGGAGUGUGUAUUUUACCAUCGAGUCACGUGCCUUCAAUAGCAAAUCAUUAACAGAACUUGACUUCUCUAACCAAAUUCUAGACUGGUCACGGGUGAACAUGAAUCUAUUAACCCUGUGUCCAAAUCUCGAGGUCUUACUCUUAUCAGGUAACUCCUUGGCAACUUUUAACGAGGCAGAUUUCUACACGUUCUUGAGUCCACUGAAAAAUCUCAAAGAUAUAGACCUCGAUGUAACUGGGUUAGGAUAUCUUCCACGAGUAAUUAGUCAGAAUCUCACUCACUUAGAAAAAUUACACGCCGACAGAAAUGAGAUCUCCAGUUGGCCUGACGAUUAUUUUACCUCUUUAACAAAUUUACGAGAAUUGGGCCUGACUGGAAAUUUGAUACAGAUUAUCUAUAAAAAAUCGAUCUCAGAAAGCCUGAUAGCACGAUUAGAAUUGAUAGGACUAGAGGGGAACCCGUUUGUCUGUUCAUGUCAGCUGCUGUGGUUCAUCAGCUUAUUAGAACACACCAUGUUUAAAGAUAACCUCCUGGAAAAAUAUAAAUUUCGCGGUUAUCCAGAAAGGUAUUUAUGCGACGCACCGCUUAAAUGGAAAGGAAAACAGAUAUCCAGCACACCUAUUUCGGAGAGAUUCUGUUUUCUUCCGUCGCCCAUAGCUAUCAGUUUAAUAUCAGCUGUAUCGAGCUUAGUUCUAUUCGUUUUGUGCGGAUCAUUUGUGUUCCGAUACCGAUGGCAUUUUAAAUAUGCUGCCUACAUGUUACGAUUCCAACACCGUCGUUUCCAACGUCUGGCUGAAAAGGGAGAUAAUUAUAAAUUUGAUGUUUACGUCAGCUGCAGUGAGGAUAACUUGGAUCUUGUUCUGGACGAAAUAGUUCCAAAACUAGAACAGGAGAUGGGACUGCGUCUUUUCAUCCCAGAACGUGACGGAAUAGGCAAUAAAAUUGACGUCAUAUUGCUCAACAUGGAUGCCAGUAGGAGAUCCAUCUUGUUUAUUUCAAAUUCCUACGCCCGAGACCAUUUUUGUGAAUUUGAAGCAACACUGGCGUAUGAGCGAUAUCUGCACGAAAAACAAACUGUAUGAUAAUUAUUUUAUUACAAGAAAUGAACACAUUGAACGUUACUAGGGCUAUUUACAGAAUUAUUAACGCGGAUGAAUAUAUAACUUGGUGUGACGGGGAAGAACAUCGCAGGCUCUUCUGGCUAAAAUUAACGCAAGCCUUGGGCAACAAGGAUUACCUGCGUCCAUAGUGUGCUUCAUAUACAUUCACGUGUGUCAACCAGCAACUCGUUCCAUGUUCGAUCUUGUUGUUGGCCGAGAAAGUUCGUUGGGAUUUUCCUGCGUGUUUCCCCCUUGUCAGUGGUCUAGGACCGAGGACCUAGCAAACGUAGAGUCGUUUGGAUGGAUGAAAAACAGAGGUGCCGUAAAAAAAAAACAAAAAAAAAAAACUCUUGGCAGUUGGAAUUCGAAAUCUUUCCUCAUAGCAAACUGCAUGGUCUAUGUGUGUCUGCUUGAGCAGAAAGGUGGUAAUCUUCCUUGUGCUGAUCUUUUUCUAGAGGCAACCGUCUUAAAACAAAAGACACAAGACACAAACGUAGCUUGUUGUUGGAACAAUUGUGAAUCGAUUGAAUAACUUCGAUGACGGACAAUUCCACGACGAUUGUGAUUACGAUUAUAUUGUCUCUAUAGUGGGCAGAGGGAAGGGGUGGGGUGGGGUGUUAGUUAUAGACCGUACAACGAAGUUUCUAAAAACAACUGCCAAGGAUUCUUUUACGAGCACUCCAAUGAGUACCUGGCGGAUGUCGAAGAACUAUGCAUUACGUUUGGGAGUGAUUAUGUUAAAUGUUUGCUUCUAUUAUAAAGAUAAAGGCACGGA